AUGGAGUCGCAGUGCGAUUACUUCAUGUACUUCCCGGCGGUGCCGUUCGCGGCCCGGGAGCUGCUGUCGGGGGAACCGGGCCGGUACCGGGCGCUGCCCCGCCGCAACCACCUCUACCUGGGCGAGACCGUGCGGUUCCUCCUGGUGCUCCGCUGCCGCCCCGGCAGCGGCGGUGGCACCGGGCCGGGCCGGCCGCCCUGGGCCGAGCUGGCUGCCUCGCUGGCCGCCCUGGCCAGCGUCAGCCCCGGCGGCACGGAGGCCAGCGGGGACCGGGAUGGGGACGGGGACCCGGAUGGCACCGGCGACAGCACCGGCAGCGGGGCCUCGCCGGAGCCCACCGUCUUCCGGGACUGCAGGGCCCUGCUGACGCACAGCCAGGGCCCCCCGGGGCGCCCCGCUGCCGGGAUACCGGUGGAGGACCCCAUCGUGUCCACGGACGAGGUCAUCUUCCCUCUGACCAUCUCCCUCGACAAGCUGCCGCCUGGCACCGUCAAGGCCAAGAUUGUGGUGACAGUGUGGAAAAGGGACACGGAGCCGCCCGAGCUGCAGGAGGGCGGUGGGUACCUAAGCCUGCUGCAGACGCGGGCACCUGCGCACGUCUUCCGCCAGGAGCAGGGGGCCUUCAAGGCGCAGGUGAGCACCCUGCUGACAGUGCUGCCCCCACCUGUGGUGCGAUGCCGCCAGCUCACCGUGUCUGGGAAGUACCUCACUGUGCUCAAAGUGCUCAACGGCUGGUCCCAGGAGGAGAUCUCGCUGUGGGACGUGCAGAUCCUGCCCAACUUCAAUGCCAGUUACCUGCCCGUCAUGCCCGAUGGGUCCGUGCUGCUGGUCGAUGAUGUCUGCCACCACUCAGGCGAGGUGCCUGUGGGUGCCUUCUGCCGCAUGGCCGGCGCUGGCUCGGCCUGCCCCUGUGCCCUCAGCGCCCUCGAGGAGCACAACUUCCUCUUCCAGCUCCAGGCACCUGAGAGGCCCCCUGAGGACGCCAAAGAGGGCUUGGAGGUCCCACUGGUGGCCGUGAUCCAGUGGUCAACGCCAAAACUGCCCUUCACCAGCAGCAUCUACACACAUUACCGGCUGCCGAGCAUCCGGCUGGAGCGGCCGCGCUUUGUGAUGACGGCUGCCUGCGAGUCCCCAGUGCGGGCCCGGCAGCGCUUCACUGUCACCUACACGCUGCUCAACGACCUCCAGGACUUCCUGGCCGUGCGCCUUGUCUGGACACCUGAGACCGCCACGGCCGGGAAGAAGCUGUCUGGGGAGGAGCGCCGGGCCACGCAGGCAGCGCUGGAUGCCAUCGUGUGCCACACGCCGCUCAACAACCUGGGCUACUCGCGCAAGGGCAGUGCCCUCACCAUCCGUGUGGCUUUCCAGGCGCUGCGGGCUGGCCUCUUUGAGAUGUCGCAGCACAUGAAGCUGAAGCUGCAGUUCACAGCCAGCGUGGCCAACCCGCCACCCGAGGCCCGGCCCGUGUCACGCAAGAGCAGCCCCAGCAGCCCGGCCGUGCGGGACCUGGUGGAGCGGCACCAGGCUGGGCUGGGCCGGUCCCAGUCCUUCUCCCACCAGCAGCCGUCCCGCAGCCAUCUCAUGAGGUCAGGCAGCGUGAUGGAGCGACGUGCCAUCACCCCGCCGGUGGGGUCCCCCGUGGGGCGUCCCCUCUACCUGCCCUCCGAGAAGACGGUGCUGUCCCUGGACAAGAUUGCCAAGCGGGAGUGCAAGGUGCUGGUUGUGGAGCCUGUCAAGUGAUGGGGACCUGGGGGACAAUGGGGAUGGACAAAUCCUGCUGCGUCCUGGAGACUGCACUGGAAGGGGACAAGCUUUGGGGGGGGGGGGGGGUGCAGAACACAGGGGCCUGGGGCUCUGUCCCCGCACUCCCAGGCGAUGAACCUGCUGCUUCGCUGGGACUGGACUGGAACGUGCCAUCGGGGUACCAAUGGGGACAGGGGUCUGUCCCCAGCCUAGGGGUGACAAUGCUCUGGGGAUGGGGGUGGCAUGAGGGAAGCGGGGGGACGUCCUGCGGCUGGUCCCAGCGCUGUUUACACCCCUUCGGCUUCCUGCGUUGCCUUGAAUUUGGCUGCUUGGGGUGGGAGGAGGGAUGGGGGGAACAAGGGACCAGGACCUCUCCCUGAGGCCAUGGAGGACACUGGGACCUGUCCUUGGGGCGCAGAGCCAAAAGCGGGUCCUGCACUGCCAACCCCCAUUCCCCGCUGGGGAUGGGGAUGUCUCCGUGCCUCCCAAUGUGGGUGGCACCUCCACUCCCUGUUAUUUAUUUGUCUCCGCACUGGCUGCCGUCCGUGUGUGUGUGCGCGCGUGCCAAUAAAGCGCUGGCCUGGA